AGGUAAAGGCGAAUAGCUGUUUGUAUUAUUGACCUGCCAAUGUACGGCGACAAAGGACCCCCGAAAGGGUACAGUGUCCCUCGCUACGACACCAACGCCAAGAAGCACUGCCAGCUCUGCUCCAGUGCGGAGCAUUGGACAUUUGAGUGUCCGCGAAAAUCCUCCUCUUCCACGGGCUCAUCGGGUGACGCUGCGAAAAAGAGCAGCAUGAAAACGGUGAAGCUGAGCCGAAGUCAGAUGCUCAAGUACGGUGUAAAACCAAAGUUGGCGCACUUCGUGCCGGAACCCACUGAGCGCGAAGUCUUUGACGCGGAGAUGAAGGAGCUACGCACUGUCCUGACAGCGGAGGUGCGAAGUGAGUUGAAGGCGGCGAAAGCCACGGAAGGCAAAGGGGAUGCACGGAAGGCCGAGCAUGCGAAGCCGGCUCCUGCAUGUGUGGCCACAGCAGAGCCACCACGGGGGACUGUUCCGAUAAAGAAGGAGCGCAGCGACGAACACGACUGA